UCUUCUUUCAACAUUUCCUGGCGCGUCGUUUCAUUUCUUUUUCUGUGAAAUUUUCCGACGACAAGUACAAUUUUCAUCUUGUAUUAAUUUUCAAUCGUCAGAAAAAAUGAAUCAAUAUACGCCCACGGGGCAUUUGGAGACGCCGGAUGCGGAGCAGUUUGGAUUUCCCUAUGAACCAUAUGAAAUCCAGAAAAAUUUGAUGCAAGACCUCUUCAAGGUGCUGGAGAAAUGUGAGGUGGGCAUCUUUGAGAGUCCCACCGGCACCGGUAAGUCUCUGACCCUCACGUGCGGGGCACUCACAUGGCUGGAGCGCCACCAUAAGCUGGUCAGAAACGAACUGGAGGAGAAGGUCGAAUCGCUGGGUAACGAACAGAAAAAACUGGAUCUGGAUGGCCAGGAGGUCAAAGAUUGGUUGGCAGUGCAAGGCCGGUCUCAUCAGGUGGCACGCGAACUGAAUCGUUUAAAGUAUCUCAAGACAUUGCUGGACCUCAAGGAUUUCCAUAUGAAGGAGGUCGACAAUCGUGUUAAAAUUUAUGCCAGAAAAAGAAAAAUUACAAUUCCAAAGCCCAAGCUGGAUAGUUUGGAGAAAGACAAUGACUCUGAUACGGAUAAUGAGACGGUGCACGAAACUAAGGAUGAAGAGGAUCCAUCACAAGACCAUAAAUUCCGUUCAGCGCAGGUAUUUUUCUGCAGCCGCACCCACUCCCAAUUAGCCCAGAUUUUGACGGAAGUCAAGAAGACUCGCCACCUCGACUGGGUGCGUUGCGUAUCGCUGGGCUCCCGCCAGCAAUUGUGCUGCAACAAAGAAGUUCGGGCCCUCAAGAGUGUCAAUCUAAUGAAUGAACGCUGUUUGGACCUAAUCUCCAAGUCCAAGGCAUCCGCAUCCGCAUCCGAGACGAGUAGCAAGAAGAUCCGCACCAGCGACAAGCCCAGUGGAUGUCCAUUAAAGCGUCAAUAUCUCGUUGAAUCUCUUAGUGAAUUCGCACUGACUAAACCGAUGGAUAUCGAGGAUUUGGCCGCCGAGGGAGCUGCCACCGGAGCCUGCGCCUAUUACGCCUCGCGAGCUGCUCUACAUGAUGCCGAUUUGGUACUGCUUCCCUAUCAGUUGUUGCUGGAUAAAUCGGCACGCGAUCAGCUGGGCAUUGAUUUGAACGGUUCCAUCGUUAUAGUUGAUGAAGCCCACAAUCUACUCGAUACUGUGUCUCAGAUACACGGCGUUGAGAUAACCAAACAGGAGCUGGAAUUCGCCAGAAAAGAGAUGAUCGAUUAUAAAGAUCGGUAUAAAAAACAUUUCAGUCCCCCCACUAUGCUGAAGAUCACCCAACUGAUUUUCAUAGCCAAGAUCCUGAUCGAGGUGUUGAACACCACCGAUGUCUCAACAGUGGUGGAUACUUCUGCUCUCACCGGCAGGGGAGAGUUCUUCCAACUGGACAUAGCCGGUCUCAUUCAGUUUACGGAAAAGAAUCGUUUCGCCCGUAAGGUUCAAACCUUGACCAAGAAGCUUCAACAGAAACCCGAACAAGAUGAAAAUGUCGAACCGACAACAUCGGCCCGUAGCCAGAUGCUCCAGAAACUGGCCAAGGAGCAGGUAGAAAAGGAACAAUCGAAGCCGGGCAAGCGUAAGCUACAAGAGAUGAAGUCCAAUGAUGAAAACCAGCCAGCCAGCCAGAUGCUCCUGAAACUGGCCAAGGAGCCGGAAGAGCAGGAACAACCGAAGCCGGGCAAGCGAGCGCUGGAAGAGAUGAAGACCAAUUCCACAGAACCCUCGCAGGUGCGAAAGUACUUGGCAUUUCUGGCCACACUCUUGUACCCGAAGGAGGAUGGCAGGAUAAUUGUGAGCAACCAAGGAUUUAAAUACUUCCUCCUCGAGCCGGCGGAUAAAUUUCGAGAUAUAAUCCAAAUGUCCAGAUCAUUGAUAGUCGCCGGUGGAACCAUGAAGCCAACCGAGGAGUUGAAGGAGCAGCUUUUUUCCAGCUGCUACAGCCGCAUAGUUGAGCAUUCCUACAGUCAUGUGGUGCCGGACAAUGCUGUCCUGCCAUUCGUGAUCACCCAGGGUCCCAUGGGAAACAACCUGAGGUACAAUUUCGUCCAACGAGGCACUACAGUAAUGCUUAUGGAAUUGUCCAUGGUACUGCAGAAUCUAUGCCAGGUGAUACCCGGAGGAUUUGUGUGCUUCCUACCUAGCUAUGACUAUCUGGAGGAUGUUUAUACGCAUCUGAAGUCAUCUGGAGCUCUGGAGAAGAUUUCGUGGCACAAGAAGAUCUUCAAGGAAGAAUCGGGAUCUGUGGAACAGCUCCUAGAACAAUAUGGCAUCGCGGCAAAGGACAAAAAAUCUGGGGGUGCCCUCCUGCUCAGCGUUGUUGGCGGAAAACUCUCCGAGGGUUUAAACUUUACGGAUGACCUGGGCCGAGGCGUUCUGGUUGUGGGCCUACCCUAUCCCAAUCGCAACUCUUUAGAGCUGCAGACAAGGAUGUCUCACCUGGAUGUCAAGCUGGGCAAGAGAUCUGGAGAAGAGUUCUAUGAGAACAUCUGCAUGAAGGCGGUGAAUCAGUGCAUCGGCAGGGCCAUUCGUCAUAUCGGCGACUAUGCAUGUGUGUAUCUCCUGGACGAGCGGUAUGCCUGGAAGAAUAUCCAAUCGAAGCUACCGAAUUGGAUUGCCAGUCACAUUGUAGAGGCGCGAUCGAACAACGGAGGCUUUGGACCUGUCCAGGCCCGUACGGCACGGUUCUUUAAGGGCCGUGAAAAGCAGUAA